UAUUAUUUUUGCGACCCCAUUUCUGCUCAUUUUUCAGUGCCAUUGAGCUAAAAUGUAUAUCAUUGAAUGUAAGGUAAAAAUUGUGUUUCUUGGAAAUAUUUGAAAUGUUACUCCUAGAAUAUGGCUAAAGUUAGUGCAAUCUACCGCUGGGGAUGCGAAGCUACAAAAUGGAUCGGUCAUGAAGCGAGCUUUCGUCGUGAAAAGCUGCACGAUGAAAAAAGGAGCACUUUGCAGCGGGUUGUCUUUGUUGUUAUUGAUUGUUGCUGCGCGAAGGAGUAGAGGUUCCCCCUAUAGUAGCCCGUGUUUGGUUUUCCUGCUGUGUGUGUUGUUUGUGUCUGUAUGUUUUCGAGCUAAGACGAGUCCAGUUUUAGAAAGGCUCCGUCUCCAUCCUCUCGCGUAAAUAUUCCUUCGAGUCGCUUCAAUUACCAGGGUUCAAUAUAUUAAAAGUACGAACAAUUGCAGAAUGUCUACGAAGAAGAACAUCGCAGACCAAGAAAUAAUAAUUAAAGAUUCUCUAUUCGAAUUCGUUAAGACGAACAUACCGGAUGCGGAUUUGACGCUAAUAGACGAAAUUGUCCUUUCAUACGUAGUGGCAAUUUUGGAAGACGUUAGCUCGGAUCCGGUCUUCGAUGUAGAAGGUUUUUGCGAGAUGAUGUCUGCAUAUUUUCCCGAGUUCGAGUCGAUUAAUCAUGCGACCGUAUGCAAUUGGAUGUUCGAACUGGAAGCCAAACUCAGAGCAGACGAACCGCAGGAUAAAGAUAUUUCGUUACUGGAGCUAUCUCUGCCAGAGAUUCUGCCGAUAGCAAAACCACGAUCUCACAACAAUUCCGAAAGUUGCGAGGAACCGAAAAGGGUGCAUAAAAUAUCCGAGGUGAGCGACGGCGGUUCGGAUUCUUCAUUUUGUGAUUUUACCGAGGAGAUCGAUACGCUGCAAGACAUGUUUCCGCACGUUUGUGCACUAGAGAUCAAGCACUGCUUGACCAUAGCGUCCGGGGAUCUGGAGCGAGGAACACAAAUUCUGCUCCAUCGUCAAGAACACGGUCAAUCGAUAACUAAUAAUAGCUCUUUGACGCUGCACAUUUCCUCUAGUAAGGCGCCUGUCAUCGACGAUAACGAAUUGAAGAAUAGGAUUAUCGAGAGAUACUCGUACAUCGAUCAGGACGCAUUGGCACGUGAGCACCGUCCGGUCGCUCCGAAGGUGGAACCCAAGAAAUUGGUACGUUACAGGGAUAACAAGAUCGUAAGCUUGAAGGGCGAACGCUAUACGGAGGUCAAGAAGGGGGACGACGUCGAGGAUGUAUCUUUAAAGAAGUCCAAGAAGCAGCAGCAUUGUCCGUAACAAGAGCGGGCAGCUGCUGCCGCCCCAAGCUGCUCAGCCGCCUCCGCCACAAUUUUAAUAUUGUACAUAAUCGAUUCCAUCAUUUGGCGCAAUUAUUGCAGUGUAACUAGAAGACUGAAUGCAGUGGAUCUACUGAAGAGGUGGCGCGCCAGUGGCCUUGGGCAGCACAAGAAUCCACUCCUUAUUAGUACUUACCAUAUAAGCACUCCCAAAAUCGAGCACCCAAAAACUCUUCUUGUAGGCAGCGUGUAUUUAAACGCAGAUGAUUUCUUUAAGUAGCUAUAAGGAGCAAGUAGUCGGCCGCUAACCAUAAAGGAUGAUAUAUUCAUAUUACGUAGGCCGACCUGCUUGCUCCAAAGUUUUGAAAAAAAAAGAAGAAGAAAUACCAAUAGUAUUAUUAAAUGUAUUGUUAACUUAUAAAACAACAAAUACUAUAUACUAAAUACUAGUCGUUUCAACUACUUUAAACUCUUUCCUUAUAGGUUUCUCU